GCCCCUGUCGGUGGGACUUCAGUACGAGCCGGGCGUUGGACUAGGCAACAGCUCCAGCUUCGACAUGGCUUUCAGAGACAUGAUCAACGCCAACAUCGACAAUAGCGACAGCAACAUGACCAACGCUACGGACAUCAUCGUCCCCAUGUACAUCACGGUCUGGGUGAUAUUCGCCAACAUCCUCGUGUUCCUGGUCGGUGUUCUGGGCAACCUGCUGGUCAUCAUAGUGGUGCUGUGUGUCCGUGAGAUGAAGACCGCCACCAACCUGUGCCUCAUGAACCUCUCCGUGGCUGAUCUGUUGGUGCUCAUCAUCUGCCAGCCGUCCUCGCUGUUGGAGUUCUUCUACGAGGAGAUCUGGCUCAUCGGCAACGUCAUGUGCAAACUGGUCAAUUUCCUCGAGUCCUUUGUUACCGUGGCGUCCAUCCUCAUCAUCCUGAUGAUCAGCCUCGAGAGGUUCUGGGCCGUCUACUACCCUCUCAAGACACACACAUCCGGGUCAAGGUCAAAGGCCAUGAUCACGAUCGCUGUCGUCUGGGUCAUCGCCGCGGUGGCUGCCUCGCCGUUUCUGGUUAUGGCCCACACAGAGACCACCCCACACGUCCACAAGACGGACCUGGUGGAAGUGUGCGUCAUGCCCAUGGUCCAUCUCUGGGAACGGAUCUACCUGGUGUGCUCAUUCGUCUUAAUAUUUGUCAUCCCCAUGUUGCUGCUCGUGUUCCUGUACAACAUGAUCAUUCAUAAGGUCAUCUCCGAGACGAUGGAGUGCAAACAGAUGACCGAGUCAGCCAAAUCCCAGUCCCAGCAGAACCGCCGUCAACUGGUCAUCAUGCUGGUGGGCAUCAUCGUCCUCUUCUUCGUCUGCCUGCUGCCCUUCCGCAUCCUCGGGCUGUACCAGGUCUUCGCCCUCAGCGUUCUCACCCCCGAGUGCUACCUCAACGUCAUCAACUUCUGCCGGCUCCUCGUCUACAUCAACAGCGCCGGGAACCCGAUCAUCUACAACAUCGUCUCGACCAAGUUCCGGCGCGCCUUCCAUAAGGUGCUGAGGCUGUACUGCUGCUGUUGCAAGAAGCGGAUUCUGCUCAGUCGCGGCGCCAUGAACGGGACGUACUCACAUGACACGCGCAUGACCACCAUGUCGCACUACAGCACGGUCAAGCAGGACAUGAACGAUGGUUCCGACACGGGCGAUGCUGUUUGA